AUGGCAGCCGUGAGGUGGCACCUCUCAACGCUGCUGGUGGCACUGGUCCUGGUCUGUGGCGUGGCAGAACACAGCUUCCGGCAGAACCAACGGCCGUUGCCGGUGCAACCGUAUAUUACAGACAAGGAAUACAUCCGCCAUAUCCACUCCAUGAUCGACGCAUACAGAGGAGACGUGGACGGUAGACUCGUCAUAGAGACCAACGCGCUCAUCGACACCAAGUACCGGACGUGGAAACGAAACGCGGACAUGAUCAACUCACUCUUGGCUCUCCCGAAGGGCCUGAACGAUGCUGGACGCUAAACCGUCCUCUUAACUACCUCGCAUUGCC